GUUACUCGCCCAUGGCCACAUUUGUGCAUGUGCGUUUGAGGUUCCUUUCCUUUUUAUAUAAGCCCCUCGUCUCUUGCCAACAAACCAACAACAACAACAACCAGCCAGGCCAGCGGGCAACAACAACGCACAACAACGCGUAUAAAUAAACGUGAACGCAUGUACUUAAUAUUAGCAUAGAGUUGUCGCCUGCGUGCAUUUCAUAUACAUAACAUAACAUCCACUUACUCCCAUGACAACGGGACUUUAGACAGUAACGGUGGAGCAGCUAGAAGAAGAGGAAAGGCGAAGUAGAACGGGAACAAGAAGAAAAAGCAGUGGAAGAGUCCAGCAGGUAUCACUCACCACGUACCGCCCAAAGGUCCCAAUGCUGGCGUAGAGAAGCCGAAACACCUGCUGCUGCCAGUGGAAAAGCGGGAGGAGCUGCUCCAAACUGCCCAGGUGACAUCCAAUCAUUUAGAGGCGACGCACCUGCCGCCUUGAGGAACUGGUCGCCACGCAGGAGGACACGGAUACGGCAACGGUUACGGACUCGUUUCCGCAGUAGCGGGCACCAUGAACGCCAGCCUCAUCUAUGAGAUACUUAUGUAUCUGAACUCGUUCUACUUUGGCAUGUACGCCGCCUUCGAAGUGGGCGUGGGCGUUCUUAAGGCGAUUAAUCUAAACUACGGCGAGAACGCGUUGUCCCGGGAGGCCAGCAUCCUGCUCUCACUGUGCAUCAUCGAGACCGUGCGCAUUGUCUUCGGGCGGAAGAGCAGUCUAAGCGAUCGUGGCUGGCAAGCAACCGCAUCCGUAAUAUUAACACUGCCCAGUCUUGCUAUUGUUAUCUACUUGUGUUGUUUUCAAACCUUUGUUCUCAAACUCGAAAUUAUUCUGAGUGCCUUAAUGAUCACCCUACAAGGUGCUGAACUAGUCUACGCCAGCAUAUUCAUUUGUACAAUGUGUCGCCCCGUCACAUACACCUAGCAGUUGAUAAGCCGCGUUGCCGCCGCCACGUCAACGACCAAGAUCGAGAUCAAGACCAAGCCAGCACUAACACUCCCACCUGGAGGAGAAGGAGUAGAAGCAUCCACAGCCGAGCGACGACUACGACGAAGACGAAACACUUUCCUCUGGCAAUUUCACAUCAAACGAUUCGCCAAGGCCUCAAAACUAAGCCACUUAAAUGCACACUAAGCCACCGCACAUAAAAACAAAACAAAAAAUCUAGAUCCUACUAGACCUCCUAGGAAUCCGUGCCAAGACAACCCGAUAACAUACCCAAUGGCUGGCAGUUGAGGAGGACUUUCAACAAGGCUGGUCGGCCAUACUGUCGGUCUUCAUGACCGCCCCCUGCUUUGUGGGCGUCUCCUAUCUACUGCUGCUCCAGACCUACCGACUGCGCCUGGAGUACUGCCUGUGCACGCUGCAGAUCGCCCUUUACCUGACCGAGGUGUGGUAUGCCAUCGUCUUCGUUUUCUCGCUGUGUCGUCCAGUAACUUAUGAUUAGCCAUAUAGACAGAAACAUCCAACAGCCAACUAGCAGCAAAUAUACAUGCGAAAGUUUAGCAAUCUAUAAGAUCGAAAAAGGAUAAUAUGCGGUGUAAGGAAAUUUAAUGAAUUUGAAAAGCAGUAGGCAGCUGAAUUGCUCAUGGCCGUGGAGAAGAGAAACCAAACAGAAAGAAAAAAAAAACAAAACAAAACACAUAUGUAGCAUAUUAAUAAUUAUGUAUAGUAAGGUUUAUGAUAACAUACACACACUCUUAUAUACAUAUAUUUAACGGUUUUAUAUACAAAAAUUGUUAACAUUUAAGCAUCAAUUGGAACCAAUAUAAGACAACAAGCAAAACCUAAAACUUGAAUAAUUUUCACAAUUUUAAGAUGAAAAUUUUUUUGUAAAAAGAAAAAUAUCGAAAAACAGCCGAAAAACAAAUUUGAUGUGUGGAAAUAAUAAUUUAUAAUAGUUCACAGAUAGCUCGAAUCUUAAAAAGAAUUGUAAAAAAAUCAGUGGAAUGUCUCACAAAAUCUAGUCAGCAUCAAAAUCAUGAAAAACAAAUGGCCGAAAGGCCAUUAAAAAAAUUCAUUACCACUAAGAGUCAGCGUUUAGUAGUUCAUACCAAUAUUCAAAAGGCGGAGAACAACAUAAUUAAGCCCAGUUAAAAGUCUAGACCAUGUGUGUACUUUAAUGAAACUACUUUAUAUAAACCUAGCAAAUAGCGUAAAUAACAUUUUCAAGACGUCACUAAAAACAAUGCAAACCCGAGCGGGCAACCGUUUACUAGAAAGCGAACAACAAAUUAGCUAAAUCAUAUAAAACAUUUAUAGAGUGUUAAAAACUAGGCGAAAACCCUCCAUUACACUUCUCCCCAAUUCAGCCUAUUGGCAACUCGAAACGCCCUUUAAAUCACGCUCAAUUAUCCCCGCCUGAUAGGAUCCGAGGAUUGCAGCUCCUCCAAUGCUAGUCACUAAUGUUCACAAACAUUUUCUAAGCUAGACCGAAGAUUGUGUAAUAAUUUGAUAAGACCUUUGUGUGGUUUCAUAGCAAAAUAACGCACAAAUCGAUAACAAAAACUCUCAACAGUCCACAAAUCUCAUGCUUUUAAAACAAAAGAAAUAAUUUUACUGAAACCAAACAGCUGGAAGCUAGAAGCUGAAAGAAAACCAAAGCCACAUCCUACGUUGAAUAAUUUACCUGUAUAAUAUUUAUGUCAUUUCGUUAAACGCAAAAUGUUAACAUACUUUUAAAGCGCGUGUAAAACGGAUAGUUAAUAAAAUAACGACAACAAUAUUUAAAAGAACAUAUACACUCGAUGAAAAUGAAUAUUAAAGAUCG